UUCUUUUGUUUUCUUCGCAAUUAAGGCUCCCGGCUCUCUUCCAAGCGUUUCUUUCAUUCCCUCUCGCGAUGGCCACUCGCUGCGAAAUCUUCUGCGAAAUACUAAUUGCGAUCUUGCUUCCUCCGGUUGGUGUCUGCUUCCGACAUGGUUGCUGCAGCGUUGAGUUCUGUAUUUGCUUGCUCCUCACUCUGCUUGGUUACAUUCCCGGAAUAAUCUACGCUCUCUAUGUGAUCGUGUUCGUCGAUCGCGAUCCCGAUGACUACUACUGGCGCCCUCUCAAUGCCUAGUUUCUCUUUCGACUCUUUCCUCUGUAAUGUUUUGAUUUAAAUCUGUUUACUGUCUGUUGAAUCCGUUUCUGGUGUUUGAAUAUUCAUGAUUGGUUGGGGAUUUUGCUUUUGACUCACAGUAUUUAAUAAUUACACUUUGAAUUUGAGGCUUGCUUGCUGUAUUUUGGAGGUAUAUGUUUUGGGCAAUUUAAAGAAGUAAAAAAUUGCAGUUA